UUUACGCAAAAACGCGUCGAUUAAGCCUAAGUGCAACAAAAUCGGUGAGGAGGCUACUAUUCUUCAGAUUUACCCAGUUUUCCUUUGUCUCUAUUAUACUUCGGACAUUCACGAGGUUUAGUUGUAAGAAUAAAGUUUAUUAAGUAUACACAAUCUUUUGAGUCAACCUCGCAUCUAGAACGAACAGCUUUUCAAGUAGUGCCCACAAUGUCAUGCGUGUCCAUCUCGCCGAAGCACGCGGAAAGUAGCCUCCGAAUUAUGGAGAGUUAUCUGCACAAGCAACAGUUGACAGACGUCACGCUGAUCGCGGGAAAUAAGCGUGUCCCAGCUCAUCGAAUAGUACUCAGUGCUGGCUCUGAAUAUUUUGCUGCCAUGUUCACAAGCUCUCUGCGAGAGUCGGCACAAAAUGAAAUAAAAUUAAUGGAUGUUGAUGGAGAUGCUUUAUGGGCUUUGGUUCUUUAUUGUUAUACAGGUUGCAUAGAAUUACAGGAAGAUAGCGUAGAGACUCUACUUGCAGCAGCAUGUUUGUUACAAUUGAAUCCAGUCAUUAAAGCGUGCUGUCAGUUUUUCGUCAAACAACUUCACCCAAGCAACUGUCUGGGCAUACGGACGUUUGCCGAUACGCAGGGUUGUUCGGAAUUGCUUGAAUACGCACACGCAUACACUACCAAACAUUUCAUGGAAGUUACAAAAAAUCAAGAAUUCUUACUGCUAUCUGCCAAUGAAGUUGCCAAGUUGCUUGAGUCUGAGGAUCUUAAUGUUCCCUCGGAAGAAACUGUCUUUCAUGCUCUAGUGACUUGGCUGGAACACGAUCCAGAAAACAGAAGCAAAGAUGCCAGUAAAUUAUUAGGUUUAGUCAAAUUACCGUUGCUAUCACCCGCGUUUAUAGCUGACAAUAUUGAGAGUAACGAAAUGUUCAAAGACCAACGAAUGGUGCAGGAAUUAGUAAUGGAAGCAUUGAAGUAUCAUUUGCUGCCUGAACGACCUUUGCUUCAAACAGGUAGAACGAAACCCAGAAAAGCCACUGUAGGUACGUUGUUAGCUGUCGGAUGGAUACUCACCAAUGAAGGUGCACAAUUUGUAGAGGCAUUUUCAUUACGCGAUAAUGCCUGGAGAUCUCUAGAUAAACCCUGGUCACUCAUAACCUGUAGACUACACUAUGGCGUAGUAGUAGUCGAUAAAAAAUUGAUUGUCGCGGGCGGUAUAGACGUCACAGGCCUCCACGGGACGAUUAGUAUGGACGAUUUGAAAGUAUCGAACACAGUAGAAUGCCUCGAUUUAUUCUCCACUCUUACGUGGAGCACUCUACCCUCUAUGAAUGUUCGUCGAUGCGGAUUAGGAAUGGCAGUCUUAGGUGGACUUUUAUAUGCUGUUGGUGGUCACGACGGUCGUUGUUUUCUUAAUGCGGUAGAGAGAUGGGAUCCGGGAACAGGUCAGUGGAGUUCAAUAUGUCCUAUGUCCGUACAAAGAUAUAGAGCCGGUGUAGCUGUGUUAAAUGAUAAAUUGUACGCUGUAGGAGGAAGAGAUAUCAAUUCCUGCUUGAAUACAGUAGAAUGUUACGACCCGCACACGAACAAAUGGACACCGUGCGCACCUAUGUCGAAGAGACGAGGCGGCGUAGGCGUAGGAGUAGUGAAUGGUUGCCUUUAUGCACUCGGUGGUCACGACGCUCCAGCUAGCAAUCCCAAUGCUAGCAGAUUCGAUUGUGUAGAAAGAUAUGAUCCUAAAACCGAUACGUGGACUAUGGUUGCGUCAAUGAGUGUGCCCCGGAGUACAGUUGGUGUGUGCGUAUUAGGUGACCGACUUAUGGCCGUGGGAGGACACAACGACCGACAAUGUCUCACACUAGUGGAAGCCUACGAUCCACAUCUCAACGAAUGGGAACCUGUUGCUCCUCUUAAGGCUGGCCGUGCGGGACCCUGUGUUGUUGUAAAAAAUUUAACCAAUAACAUGUAGAUUAUUUUUACUAAACGAUCAGUAAUUGGACUUGCUAAUUAUGCAAUUUAUAUUUGUAAUGAUUUAGGUGUUUCAGAAAUAAGACAGAAUCUACUCUCUUGUGAUAUUGCAUGCAUGUUAAAAUAGUCACAUUGUUAUUUUUCUGAAACAAUUUUAGAUAAUUUUAUAUUUAAAUAAGUAUUAUAUUUCUUUUUAGUUUGUAACAAUUUUUGUAGGAUUUUUACACAUUUUCGUACUGUAUUGAAAAAAUUUCAACCAUUGUAACUAUCAA